UGUACCGGUGGGCGUGGCCCCUGUCGUUGGCUCCUCCCCCGCACAUAAUGUGCCGGCUCCAUUAAAAUGAGCGGACAGCAGAGACAGUGCAGCGCCACAGCGGCGGCCGGCCCAGUCAGGACGCUCCUCACAAAACCGGCCGGGAAGCGGAGCCGCGGUAGAUAAAUUAAGUGUUUGAGGGAGCAACUUUGAUUGUAGAGAACUUUAUUAUACCCGGAUGGAAAUAAUUAGGACGUACAGCGCUCUCUCCUCCGUGGUACCCUGAGGUCAGACCCGAGCUCGUAGAGAUGGAUUCUUUCUUUGUGGAGGGAGCGCGUGUCUGGCUCAGACACAAAGAGCAACUGCUGCCUUCCACCGUCAGCUCCUGCGAUGACCUGUGUCUGGUUCUAGGCACAGAAUAUGGAAAGGUGGUCCAUCUGCAAAGGGACGACCUGAGCAGAGAGACCGUCUUCCUGAUGCACCCCAGCAGCAUCCACGGAGUAGAGGACAUGUCCACGCUGGCGGAGCUGCACGAAGCCGCCAUCAUGUACAACCUCUUCAUGCGCUACCAGAAAAACAACAUCUACACUAACAUUGGGUCCAUCCUGGCUGCAGUAAAUCCCUAUAAGCAGAUAGCGGGCCUGUACGACAGCACUGCCGUUGACCUGUACAGCAAACACCAGAUGGGGGAGCUGCCGCCUCACAUCUUUGCCGUGGCCAACGAGUGCUACCGCUGCCUGUGGAAGAGACACGACAGCCAGUGUGUUCUCAUCAGUGGAGAAAGUGGUGCUGGAAAAACGGAGAGCACCAAGCUGCUGCUGAAGUUCCUCUCGGUGAUGAGUCAAAACUCUGCCGGGACGCCUCCGUCGGAGAGGACCACCAGGGUGGAGCAGGCCAUCGUUCAGAGCAGCCCCAUCAUGGAAGCAUUUGGGAACGCCAAGACUGUUUACAACAACAACUCCAGUCGUUUUGGGAAGUUCAUACAGCUCCACUUCUCUCAGAGCGGACACAUUCAGGGGGGCUGCAUCAUUGACUAUUUGCUGGAAAAGAACCGUGUGGUCCGACAGAAUCCUGGCGAGAGAAACUACCACAUCUUCUAUGCUCUCUUAGCGGGGGCAGACAGAGACCACAGAGACAUGUACCUCUUGUCUGAAGAUCCUGAGUUGUACUACUACCUGAGCCAGUCAGGAUGCGUGCAGGACAUUAGCCUUGAUGACAAACAGCUCUUCAACAGUGUCAUGGAAGCCCUGAAAGUGAUGGAAUUCACCGAGGAGGAGAUCAGAGAUGUGUUCAAGUUGUUGUCCGCAGUCCUCCAGAUGGGCAACAUUGAAUUCAUGACUGCUGGAGGAGCUCAGAUCACUUCAAAAGGAGUGGUCAGUAACGUCAGCGAGCUGCUGGGUCUGGACUCGUUCCAGCUGUCUGAGGUGUUGACCCAGCGCUCCAUGAUCCUCAGAGGAGAAGAGAUCUGCUCCCCCCUCACUGUAGAGCAGGCGGUGGACUCGCGCGACUCCGUUGCCAUGGCGCUCUACUCUCAGUGUUUUUCCUGGAUCAUAAUGAGGAUCAACCAGAAGAUCAAAGGGAAAGACAACUUCAAGUCCAUUGGCAUCUUGGACAUCUUUGGGUUUGAGAACUUUGAGGUGAACCGGUUCGAGCAGUUCAACAUCAACUACGCCAACGAGAAACUCCAGGAGUAUUUCAACAAGCACAUCUUCUCGCUGGAGCAGCUGGAGUACAACAGGGAGGGAAUCCAGUGGGAAGCUAUAGACUGGAUGGAUAAUGCUGAGUGUCUGGAUCUCAUCGAGAAGAAACUGGGCAUGUUGGCUCUUAUCAACGAGGAAAGUCGCUUUCCCAAAGGCACCGACUACACCCUCCUGGAGAAGCUGCACAGCCGUCACGCGGCAAACCAGUACUAUGUGAAACCCAGAGUGACUGACCACCAGUUUGGCAUCAAACACUACGCUGGCGAGGUACUGUAUGAUGUUCGUGGUAUUUUAGAAAAGAACAGAGAUACGUUCAGAGAUGACAUCCUGUUCAUUCUCAAAGACAGCAGGCUGGACUUUAUCUACGACCUCUUCGAGCGUGUCGGAAGCAGAAGCGGAGAUGAAACCCUCAAGAUGGGUACGGCCCGGCGAAAACCGACAGUCAGCUCUCAGUUCAGGGACUCUCUCCAUUCCCUCAUGGCCACACUAAGUGCCUCCAACCCCUUUUUUGUGCGCUGCAUCAAACCAAACAUGGAUAAGAAGGCCAAUCAGUUUGACCCCGAUAUUGUGCUGAAUCAGCUGAAAUAUUCCGGCAUGCUGGAAACCGUGAAGAUCCGAAAGGCUGGAUUCCCUGUUCGCCGAACCUUUAAGGAUUUUUACUGCAGGUACAAGAUGCUCCUAAAAAAUAAGACCCGAUCAGACGACGAGAAGCAGCGCUGCUCAGAGAUCUUCCUCCUGCUCGAUAAAGACAAGAAAGAGUGGAAGCUGGGAAAAACAAAGGUGUUCCUGAAGGAGGCCCUGGAGCAAAGGCUGGAGAAAGAGAGGGAAGAGGUGCGGCGCAGGGCUGGCAUGGUCAUCCGUGCCCACAUCCUCAGCUAUGUGGCAAGGAAACAGUACAAGAGGGUUUUGUCCAGCGUCGUCACCAUCCAGAAGAACUACCGCGCUCACUUCUGGAGGCGCAUCUUCCUGCGCCUCCGCCUGGCCGCCAUCGUCCUGCAGAAGCACCGCCGGGGCCAGCUCGCCCGAUCCCUCUGCCGCCAGCUCAAGGAGGAGAAGCAGAAGCUGGAGGAGGAGGAGAGGAGGAGACGAGAAGAGGAAGAAGAAAGGAGGAGAGUAGAGGAGGAGAGGAGGAGGAGGGAAGAGGAAGAGGAGAAACAAAGGUUGCUGGCUGAGGAGACGAGGAGGAUGGAAGAGGAGCAGCGGAUGAGGCUGCUAAAGGAAAAGGAGGAGGAACAGAAACUGGCAGCUAAAGGAGAUAAAACCCGGACCUCCUUGGUGAAUGGUGCCUGUCAAAAGACUCUGUCAACCAACCACACGUCUGACGAGGAGACGCGUCAGAUGGAGGAGAUCCUGCGACUAGAGAGGGAGAUCGAGCGCCUGCAGAAGCAGCAGGAGGACGGCGUGUCCCUCCUUGGCGAUGUCUCUCGUGAAGAGCUGCGCCAGAUGAGGGACGCGGAGAUCUACAGGCUGGAGAAGGAGGCCUCCCGCGUAGCGACGGAGUUCCUGGAGCUGCUGGACUUUGGCGGUUUAGAGCCGUCGCUCUCGAGCGAGGAAAACCUCCACGACCCCACCGAAUCCACAGCUCCUCUGGCUGAGGAGGAGGUGGACGAGGGUUUCCAUGCCGACGACGAGUGCAUUCCUUUACCAGACUUUCCCACCCCAGCCAAGGUUCCGCUUGAUAAGGACUUAUUUCAAAGUAUUCCUCCUCCUCCACCUGCCUUCGCAGAGGGGGUAGUGGUCUCAUCUUCAGCUGAAGGUCCUGGAUCAGCAAAAGUCACCUCCAUCAGACUCCUAAAAGACUCCCAAGGCCUUAACGGAGAGAAGCCGCCACUCCAGAGAGCCAGCAAAACAUCGGAGAUGGAACCGGCGAAGGAGGAGCAGCCCAACACGAACCUGCCGGACGCAGAGUCCGACUACGACCAGGAGGAGUUUGAGGAUGCUCACGGGAGCUCGGGGGCUAGCACUAACGACGGUCAUAACACAGACGAGGAGGUCCUGAGGAAAUCGUCGUGCACUCAAAACAGCCUGGAUUCCUUCAGAGGCAGCUCAGACUCGUUCAUUGACAGUGACGAGGACAACGACGGCUACGUGGACACGGACGAAGAGGUUUCAAAUGGGAGGGUGAAUUUGCUGAACGGCAGUGGGCCUCCGUACUUCCACGGGUACCUCUACAUGAAGAGCGGGCUGAUGAUCCCGUGGCGUCGCCGCUGGUGUGUCCUCAAAGACGAAACCUUCAUGUGGUUUCGUGCAAAACAGGACUCCCUAAAAUCUGGCUGGCUUUACAAGAAAGGAGGAGGGAUGUCCACUUUGUCGCGGCGGAACUGGAAGAUGCGCUGGUUCGUUUUGCGCGAGUCUAAGCUGAUGUACUUUGAGAACGACAGUGAGGAGAAGCUUAAAGGAACCAUCGAUGUCCGUGCUGCCAAGGAGAUAGUUGACAAUCACGAGAAGGAAAAUGCACUGAAUAUUGUAACUGAGGAGAGGACGUACCACAUCUAUGCAGAGUCCCCCGAGGAUGCCAGCGGUUGGUUCAAUGUGCUGAGUCGGGUCCACAGCGCCAGCCCAGAGCAGCUCAUGGAGAUGCAUCACGAACAGGCCAACCCAAAGAAUGCGGUGGGAACGCUGGAUGUGGGUUUGAUUGAUUCUGUUUGUGCGUCGGACAACCCAGACAGACCAAACUCAUUUGUGAUCAUCACAGCCAAUAGAGUGAUCCACUGUAACACAGACACUCCUGAAGAGAUGCACCACUGGAUCGGUUUGCUGCAGAAGUCCAAAGGAGAUGCCAGGGUGGACGGACAGGAGUUUCUAGUCAGAGGCUGGCUGCACAAAGAGAUGAAAACCAGAGCCAAGAGCACUUCUCUGAAGCUGAAGAAGCGCUGGUUUGUCCUCACCACCAACUCCCUCGACUAUUACAAGUCGUCGGAGCGGAACGCAACCAAACUGGGAACGCUGGUUCUGAACAGCCUGUGCUCUGUGGUGCAGCCCGAUGAGAAAGUCUUCAAAGACACUGGUUACUGGAACAUAGUUGUGCAUGGGCGAAAGCACUCCUACCGGCUGUACACCAAAAUGCUGAAUGAAGCCAUGCGGUGGGCCAAUGCCAUACAAGGAGCUAUAGACAGUAAAGUUCCCAUCGAAACACCAACACAGCAACUCAUCAGAGACAUCAAGGAGAGCAGUUUGAACGUGGAGGCUGUAGAGCAGACGUACUGGAGGAACCCCAUCCUGCGAUAUACCCAGCAUCCUUUGCACUCUCCUCUUCUACCUCUUCCUUAUGGAGACGUCAGCGCCCAUCUGCAAAAGGAAAAAGGCUACACGACUCUGCAAGACGAGGCUGUGAAGAUCUUCAACUCCCUGCAGGAGAUGGAGGCCGUGUCAGACCCUGUGCCAAUCAUCCAGGGAAUCCUACAGACCUGCCAAGACUUGAGGCCAUUAAGGGACGAGGUUUACUGUCAGCUGAUCAAACAAACCAACCACGUCCCUCACCCCAACAGCCUUGCCAACCGAGCCCACUGGCAUCUCCUGACCUGCAUGAGCUGCACCUUCCUCCCCAGCCGAGGCAUCCUUCGCUACCUCAAGUUUCACCUGAAAAGGAUUAAGGAGCUGUUCCCCGGAACAGAAAUUGAAAUGUUUGCCCAUUUCAUUGGAGAGUCUCUGAAGAAGACUAAAGCUAGAGAGUUUGUUCCUUCCCAAGAAGAGAUCAUGGCCCUGCUGACCCGACAGGAAAUGACCACCACCGUCUACUGCCAUGGAGGAGGCUCCUGCAAGAUCUCGAUCAACUCUCACACCACCGCUGGAGAGGUGGUGGAGAAACUGAUCAGAGGUCUGGCCAUGGAGGACAGCAGGAACAUGUUCGCCCUCUUCGAACACAACAACACCGUGGACAAAGCCGUGGAAAGUCGAGUCCUUGUUGCAGAUGUUUUGGCUAAAUUCGAAAGACUCGCUGGCAGCGAGGAAGCUCGAGACGACGGCAGAUGGAAGCUGUAUUUCAAACUCUACUGUUUCCUGGACGUUGAAAGCAUGCCGAAGGAAGGGGUGGAGUUUGCGUUUAUGUUUGAGCAGGCUCAUGAGAGUUUGAUUCGUGGUCACUUCCCCGGACGGGAGGAGACCCUCCAGCACCUCGCCGCCCUGCGCCUUCAGUUCCUGUAUGGUGACAAAACGCGGGCGGCGUGGAGCCUGGAGAGCGUCUACCCCGUGGGCCGCCUGCGCAGUCGGAUCGUACAGUUUACCAAGGUGGGCGGGGCUUCGGGUUCAGGCCAAACCCUGGAGCGCAGGAGAACCAGCUUCCUGGACGGGACUCUGCGGCGGGGGCUGAAGACCGGCUCCAUGAAGAAGCAGCGCAUGGAGGAGGAGCAGAUGCUGGAGAUGUGGGUGAAGGAGGAGAUGUCGGCCACCAGGGCGAGCAUCACCGAAAAGUGGUCCCGCCUGCAAAAUCUGGACCAGCACCAGGCCAUGCUCAAAUACAUGACCAUCAUUAAGGAAUGGCCUGGUUACGGUUCAACGCUUUUUGAUGUUGAGUGCAAAGAGGGAGGCUUCCCCCAUGAUCUGUGGCUGAGCGUGAGCGCUGAAAACGUGUCCGUCUACAAAAGAGGAGAGCCGAAGCCGUUGGAGACCUUCCCGUAUGAACACAUCAUUUUCUUCGGUGCUCCACAGCCCUGCACCUAUAAGAUCACCGUGGAUGAGAGGGAAAUGUUUUUCGACACACCAGAGGUGGCAGAGAUUACAAAAAUUAUGAAAGCCUACAUAAACAUGAUUGUAAAGAAGCGCUGCAGUGUUAAGUCUGUGUCCAGUUACGGAACCAACUGGAUCAGGUGAUUUACAGGACGAGACCAUCACUGUCAACACGCCCCGUGUGGACAGGUGAUAAAAGGAACAAACUUUGGAUCCACAUCUGUGACAACAGACGAUUUCCAUCCAGAAAGCAAACAUUAAGACAAUUUAAAAACUA